ACAUACGAUUUAUCCAAAGGCGUAAGUUAACGGGUUUUUCGUUGUGGCUCAAAGUUCAUUCAAUUGUUGGGUUAAUAUACCAUUUUGGUACUAUAAAUGAUGUAAGAUUGUGAUGAAAACAUUCAAUUUAAUUCAUAAUUCCUAACAUUUAAAUGAAAAUUCUGAUUCCUCACACUAAUAUAUAGCGCUCAUUUACCUUGAUAGAUAAGUGGACGUUCCGAGGUCAUUUUAGUGUUUCUCAAAGGCCGUCCAUAAAUUGUAUCCUCACUUAAAAAUCAUCUUAUAAGUAAAAAUGGACAGUUAUGCUGAAAUACACUCCACUUAUUAGUUUAUAAGUGUAAUAACGGUGAAACGAGUGUUGGAAAAUGAUACGAGAAAAUAUAGUUGUCUGCUCUGUUUCUUGUGUUUCCCAUUUCCUCCCGUUCUUUAGUACUAUCGAAAUAAAUCGCAAAAAGCGUAUAUGGAAAGUAUGACUUCGUCCCAACCUUAAGAUGAAACUCCUAAUAUUUCAGAAUGAUUUAAUGUAUUGAUCAUGUCUGUCUCACAAUAAAAAUACUUAAGGUAAUGUGUUAAAUUCAACAUUUUUCACCGGCGGAUUAUGCUCUAACCACAUAAGACCGUGUUAUGAACAGCUUUAGACUUUAUUUACUUUAUUUUCUCGGUCACAAGUUGUUCAUCGCAGCACAGCUUCCAUGAAGUCCGUCGACUUUUUUACUGAAAAUUCAGGUUUUGUAAAGAGCAAGAACAAAGAUUCUGACAGAAUAGCAUGAAUUCAUUUUACUUCGUAGGUUCUCGUCAGUUGCUUACAACCUAUGGUAUUUAAAAAUCAUAAUUACAUAAUGGGUUUAGAUUGCUUACUGAAUAUUGUAAUUAUAUAACUAAUGUGAAUAAUAUCCUACGACAUUAAUUGUGACAACGGUUCAAAAGUGGGUUAGAAACAAUUGAUUACAUAAUGAAUAAACAUUGAUGGGAAUAUAGUGAGUAGAGUUCAAUCGAAAGAUUAUUAAUUUGAAAGAUAGUUGAUAAAACAAACUAAAAUCAAUGAUGUAAUACAUACAAAAGAAAGGAGAAAAAUUUUUUAAGGUGCAGCGAAAGAAUGCUUGUCACCAAGGCAAGGAAAGAUUAACAAACGUCUUUUGAAUACAUAGUUCAGGUUUUUGGCGCCUGAUGGAUGGCAACGGCUACAGCAAACUUCAGAAGACUGGAGUUUGGCUGCUUACUUAUCACCCUAAAAGAUUGUGAAGUGUCUACCUGAUGUCCUAUAUCAAGGAGAUGUUUGGUGAUUGCCUUAGAACAAGGGGAAAAAAGACUCUGAAUAGUGAGUUAGUUAAAAGCCCAGGUUAAAAAAGAAGCACAUUAAAUCUGAUUGUUAGUGGAACAAAUAAACUUCUAAACGACAUCAAAGCACUGAAUAGACUAACAAACAAAACGUUCUGUUAGAAGGACAUCGGUGAUACUAAUACCGUGUCGUUUUUCCUUCUUUUUAUUGAGACCACAAACAUAACACCACCACCACUGAAAAUAAACUUAACGCCGAUUAGUGAUUUUGCUGGUCCACUUUGCGACCAAUCAGGAUGAGGUGAGAAUUAUGAUUUUGGUCAUCGUUGUAAGCACUGCAGGUCCGUUUGUUUUAUUCCUUGGAUGACGGUAAUAUAGCCGGUGGGUUCGUGAGACCCAGGCACCUGACAAACUAGGACCACGUAGGAGAUGCAAUCAAUCUCUUGUAGAAAGUUCAUCAUUGAAAACAGACCGCAUAUAAUUAUUAGAUGACCUGGACGUAUAACGUCCAAUCUAAAAGACGAAAAGUCGGAGAUUUGAUAUCAGAAUGUUAUGUGAGUUCGUUGUUUUGGCCAUUAAAGGAAGCCGGAUGGCCAUGGUCAGAGAGUGAAAGGGUAAAUAGCUAAUGUUAUGCUCACUUCCAUAUAGAUCAACGUUUGUCGAUUGCCAAGUCAUGUUUUGCGUGCGGUACGGUGUCAUUCGGUAAAUAAUAGCUUCAUCUAAGAUGGAGCAGAACUACCCUUGCAAUAAAAGCAUCCGUCAGAAGUCUUGGUUGUCAGUUGUCAAAGUUUAUCUACUUUCAGCAUUGUUCUUAUUUUGGAAGCCAUCCUAUAAUGAAGAAAAAAACAAGCAGCUUGCAGUUACUGUAAUGUGUGAAUGUCUAGAGAUUUCAGCUUUCCUCUGUUCGAAUCACUUUGGUAUAACGUUCAUGAAGUUUAAGAGGGUGCUAUUAAACGCAACUCAAUUUCGUAAAUGUGGCAUUCAGCUGAGCAACCAGUCAGAAUGAGACAUGAUUUAUUAUAUCCGCCAUCUUUGUAAGCGAUGGUGGUCGGCUUUCUUCGUUCUGUGCUUUUUUCAGCUAUUUCUUUUGUGUAGCUAUGUAAUUUAGUGUUUUAGUGUGCGUAGUGUUCUAUAUGUUGGUGUGAAAUUUAUUUCGAGUCAGCAUUUUUUUCUGGGUUUUUGCUGCUUCUCAAGUCAAUGUAUUUCUUCAGGCAGUCUGGCUAGUCUUGUGUUAUAAAAUGUUAAUGCAUUUUGUUCCGAGUUAUUUUUGAGAUAUCGGGAGCGAAGGUUAGUUUUGUUAGCUUAAAUAAGUGUGGCGGCUGUAUAGAACUCAAACUGUCGGCAUAAUCGUUCCUAACUGUCAGGCAAGCUCGUUAUUCUUAUGUCAUGAAAUCUUAAUGCGUUAUAUUUUGAGCAUUGCUUUUUAGAUAUCGAGAACCGAAGUCAGUUUUUUUUUGGCUAAAAUAAAUGUUGCUGCCGCAUAUGACUGUAACUGGCCGCAUAUUCGUUCCUAACUGUUAUUUAUUGUUAUCAGGCAGAAUGAAAAAUUUGUUAUUUUCUGCAGUAUUAUGAAUCACGCUACUCCAUCAACCAGUCAAACUAAUACUAAGUGUCCAUUGGCUGUGGAUACUGGUGAUGUCUUCGAAAGAAUUAUGAGACCCAGGCAGCUGACAAGCUGGGAGCAAGUCAGAGAAGCUAUCGAUCUGUUGCAAAAGAUGACUUGGACUCAUUAUGUAGUACGUGAAAGCAGGCUGAGCAAAGAAAAGCCGGAAAUUCGCUACGAGUAUGUAGUGUAUGUAUGUUCUUUUGGCCAUAAAAAGAAGCCGGAGGGCCAUGGUCAGAGAGUAAAAGGGUCAAAGUUUAGUGGUUGCAAGGCCAUGUUUCGUUUACGGUAUGAUGUGAACCGGUUCGUCAUAUCGUCGUCGAGGAUGAUGCAUAACCAUCCUUGUGAUGAAAAGUGUUUGAAAAAUGAUCCUUGGUUCCGAAGAUUAAAUGAAGAUCAGCUGAAGGUUGUUCGGCCGAUGGUUGAGACUGGGAGUAAUGCAAAUUCAAUAGUUAAGUAUGCCGAAUACCAUUUUGGAAAGACAAUAACGGUGCCAUAUGUUAAUAAUUUAAAAUAUAAAGUUGUCAAACACUGUGGAAGUUUAAACGACGUAAUUGCAACGUUACGGGACAGUGGAAAAGUGUUCGUUUCUUAUGGGGGUGUGGCUAACCAGGUUACAAAGAUAGCAUUUAGCACGCACGAGCAAAUUGAAACGUACAAACGGUUCCCUGAAGUUGUGUGUUUGGAUUCAAUAUACAACACGAACAGGGGAAAUUAUAAACUCUUUCAGUUGGUUUGUACAGAUAACUGCGGACAUGGAGUCCCAGUUAUGUUUGCUUGGACCAAGGAAGAGAAGAAGGAUGAUGUGGUAUGGAUACUGGAUCAUUUUAAAAAGAUUAUGAAUGGAACCAGUCAAACAGAAACGUUUGUGAUGGAUUGUACAAGAUCCAUCAUAUCCGCUGUUGAAUUAACGCACCGUACUGCCCACAUAGCUUUAUGCUCUUUCCACGUGUGUAGAGCUAUGUGUAAGAAGACCCGCAACCCAAUAAUCAAGCGGUACUUAUGUCAACUGGUGCGUGAGCAAACAGUAGUUAGGUUCCACCAGAUACGUCGAAUAAUCAGUGUUCGCAGCAGACGCAUCGCAGCGUAUUUAAACAAGAACUGGAUGAGUAGGAAAGGAACUUGGGCCGCAGCUUUCAACAGCAAAGUCGUUACGUUGGGUAACAACACCAACCACCGGGUUGAAAGUGCGCACAGACAACUGAGGAGGAAGUUGUCUAACGGAGACGCGUUGAGUAAAUGUAUGUGGAAGACGUUUACAUGGCAGAGGCAAUUAGGCAAACGUAGGUUACUACAGUCCAGCUUACACUGUAGUCGCAAACGUAGAUACGUAGCUGAAGAUUGCUUAAUGCCUCUACUAAGCAGGCUAACCACCUAUGCUGGCUCUAUAGUCCUUAAAGACUAUAAAAAAACGGGACUGAUGUACAUGAAGAAUAGCCAGUCACCCUUUAUGUUCUUCGUAGACGGCCCUCUGUGUCCGGUAGUGCAUAUAAGCAACGGCACUUGCACUUGCCGUUUAUUUAAAACGUGUCGAAUUCCAUGUAAGCACAUGGUUUUUACUCAUCUGCAAAUGCCAGAGUUCACAGUUGAUUUAGUUUUGACGCUGUGUUGCAGAUGGACUUGGACAGCCUGUGGAGAUGUGGAUGUAAAUAUACCAGCUAUUUCGUCUCCAGAUUAUACUGAAACGAACAGGCUGUAUCGCAUUCUAUGCAGUAAAAUCCACACACUCAGUACACUUUUCGAACAGACGACGGUGCAGGACAUACUAAGGCAAUUGAUAGAUCAAGUUGAUGAAUUAAUACGCAUGAGGUGUCUGCCUACAGAUUCCGAACAUACUAAUACUCGUACUCUCUAUUUCAGAUACUCAAUGAACACAAAUCGCGUCAUGUGCGUCUGCUGCGUUGCCAGUUUUUGUUAAUACCUUAUUAAAUAAAAGUCUUAUAUUCACU